GGCAACCUCUGUGCACCAGCAGGUUGUGCUCAAUCGUGUAAAAUGACACACCAUCAAGCUAAGGAAGCUGAUAUACAGGCACUCUCUGAACUAAAGCGUGUGUUAGAUAAAAAGGAGACAUUGUUGAUGGAGCUUCAAAGUGCGAACAGUGACAUAAUUGAAAACCAAAGUGGCAUAGAAUGCUUAAAAUAUUCUGAGGUUUUCAAGAAACAUUACGCCACGGUACUGGUAGAGCUUAAGGAAGCCAGUGGACAGGUUUCUGAUGCUAUGUUACAACUGAGGCAACAAAAUACUUACAAAGGAAACUCCUUGCCACCAUGGAUGAAGCCCCAAGCAAGUUCCAAUGUUUAUGACAACCUUACCAAUAUGUUGGAUAGUUCUCUGACACAAGAGUUAGGGUCAACUAUUUUUCAAAUUAAGGAUCCAGGCUAAGGGCACAUGCAAUGGUAGAUGCCACAU